CCUCUCCUCACGCUAUGCUCUACUUUGGCCUUUCACUGCCUCCGUGAAGCUGGAAUGUUCCUUCUCGCUUCGGGCGCUUGAGUGAACACAUCAUGGUCCUCUUCAUAUGGACAAUGUCACAGGACAGAGCGUGUGAAUUCCCCGGGCUCAUUCGCAGCUAAUGACAGAUCGAAUUGCAGGUCGGGAGUCAUAUGAACGAGGCGAAGAGAAGCCAGUCGCACCCAACCUCAAUCCAAACAUGGGACGGGGCGGACGAGUCAAAGCCACAACUCGCCGACGUGCCAAGGAAAAGCAACAGAAUUUCGGGCGGUGGAGUGACAUGACAUGCGCAUAGCUGGAUUGCCUAUUUGUUGGAUGUAAUGUAGUGCGAGAGUGACAAAACCUUCCGGGGCGGGGAUGACAGCUACGAAUUUCCACGAACCUCGACUGUACGUGUUGUGACAAGGGAGCAGGAGGCGGCGGCAGAGACAGAGACGGACAGAGAAUCCUCACGCCCUGCAGCCCGAUUUCAGCGAGUCCAUCGCAGCGAGCGAGAGAGAGGGAGAGAGAGAGAGAGAGAAUCAGAUCUGUCAACGAAGUGUCCAUCUUUCGUAUCGUCUUCUCAUCUUCUAUUGAAGCCUGUUGUGUUCUGCUGUAAUGCCUCCGUCUCCGUCUCCAAAGAUAGCGAAGAAGCUUCGAUAAGGCUUCGCGGGCAACUCUGACAAACGCGCUAAGCCCUUGUGAGACAGACAUCUGGAGUAUCAGAGCUCGGCCAGUUUGGAGGACCGCUGAAUCGUCGGCGCUCGUGGUGGGAUUGCGUUCUAUCUUCUCCGACGCAAGUUCAGGCCUUGCUCCCGUGUGUCAGGACGUGAGCGGUAGCCGGUAGCCGGUCGCCGGUCGCCACGUAACCGAUGACAUCGAGGACUUUCUUCUCCGCUGGAACUUCGUCCUCUGUCGGACGGACAGAACGAGAAGAGAAAGCGCGGGAAGACGGAGGAAUGGCCACAGCCGAAGCUCCUUGCGAGGAUCCGAUCUUCGGAGGAUCGCGAAGUUUAGCCCCGGCUUUGGCUCCGAUCGCAAUCCUUAGGUCAGAGCGUCGCGACAAGGCUCGCAAUUCGACUUCCGUGGGUCCCACUACGUUCAGCCAUCGCAUCCCAUCCCAUCCCAAUUUGGAGUUUAUUGUCAUUACGGGAAGGGGGGUCGUGUUGACCUGCGUGGCCUGUCCCACUAGACAUCUCCGGGCAGACCGAACGAAAUCCACUCGCCGCCCCGACGCGUGACUCGUGGACCCGUCGCGCGGCGCGAUCGCGACUGAUCUCGGCGGUUUACCGGAACCGUCGGCUUCGGGAACGACGUUGGGCCGACCGAUUCGAUUUAGGAUUCGCGGGCGGGCCGGGAAUCGCGACGGAAAGGGGCGCGACGAGGAAUUCGGACCCAGGAGCGACGAGAAGCUCGGGUCAGGCCAGGGAAGGGACCCGAUGGGCCAUUCGGGCAAAGGAUGCUGCCACGCGAGGGAGGGACGGCUGUGCCUUUUCAACGGAACGAACCGGUUUCUUGUACCCGAAGCAUGAACUCUCUGUCGAAUGAAAGUGGAUCCACAAUCCUCGACCCGGCAAACGAUAAGAUUGCACAUAAUUGCGCUGGAAUACCAAAUCUUCGGUGGAACCUUCACUUCCAGCUGCCAGCAUCUAUGUUAGCCUUAACUACGUUAUAGUAAAGCAAAGAGCUCGAAUUGUGAUGGUAGUGUUGCUUGUGUGUUUCCUAGCAGAUGAUGGCCACACACAUCACGAACAUCGGGUUGUCCGAAUUCCAACCUAA